AUGUGGGUCACACUGUAUCUGCUUUCCUCACUCCCGCUGUCUCAAAGCGACAAAGAACUAAUCGGCCACCAUCUGAAAUUAGGACUGAAUAUUCCGACAAUUGUUAACAUUGUAAGAAAACAACACUGCGACCCUGGCCGUCGGCUUUAUUGGAUAUGUGCUGCAGAUAUCAGGAACGUUCAAGAAUCCCUCCAUCUGUUGCCGGGAAGGCUUCACAAGGAUGAUGUGGAGUCUGUCAGACUCAGGUUCAAUUUGAAUGUAACCAGCGAUGGCAUGCGUCUUCUACGUCUACCAGCUGAAACGGACCACAAUUUCCGUCUUGUCAUUAUUACGCCGGAACAAGUGGAAAUUAUGCGCAUGUAUAGCGCUAAAGGAAUCUCUAUUGAUGACACACAUUGUACAACCAGGUAUAACUUGAAGCUCGCUACUAUGAUGUGCGUUGACGACUAUGGAAGAGGAGUUCCAUGUGCCUUUUUGUUGUCGAAUAAAAUCGAUACUGUGGAGUGUGCUUACCUUUUCGAGGAGGAUGAGCGCAGCUUAAUAGCCGGUAAAUAUCGAGCCAAGGAGAACAGUCGACGUCACCGUACGGCGAUCGAACACCUAGAGCAAGUGCAUAUACAAAAGAUCGCUGAGAGCGAAUGGGUUAUCAGCUCAUUCAGCAGGACGUCACGGUAUUAUCGCAUUACGACUGCAGUUUGCAACUGUGGAAGCGAAAAGCUCCACUGCCCACUUUGCGGGGUCUGUCCUGCAGCAACACUGUGUAGCUGUCCCGAUUCUGUCAAAUCCGGUAUAUCAUGCAAGCACGCCCACGCGUGGGCAGUAUUGAACGAUGGUAAGACAAGUCGCAGUGUGGACUUCCUUCGUAGUCCUCCGCCUUUUUUAGGAUCAGGUCCUGUAAGUGACUUUGCUGUCGGCGCUGAGUUAGCAGACGACAACAACAACGUUUAUGAAGGCAAUGACUCGACUUCCCACAUACCGACCGAAGAAAUAGAUCUGACCAAGUCUGUCAUUGCCACAAUAUCUGAGGUACGCGGUGCGCAGCGUGCUGCUCGACGAGAGCUCAAGAUGGCAUGUGAUCAGGAUUUCAGCCCUGCUGAAAUCGAUUUGAAUGCAAUACAAGUUUGUGCAAUCUGCAAUGAAAUGCAGCCAGAGUUGGAUGAUUCCGAGGAGGAAGUAAUGGUAGGAGCAGUCAUCGAUUGGUGGGCAUGCGAGAAAUGUUAUUCAUGGGUUCAUCGCGACUGCAUGUUGGAAUCGAGCUGUAAUAUAUGCUCCGGUCGUUACCGCCCAACAGAGGAACUCACCGAUCCCAUCUUUGUUCACGACCACUAA